CGGGGAGUGGCGGGGCCGGCGCCCGCCAUGGAGUCGGCGGGCGGGCCGGCGCGGAUGCCGCACAGCGUCGGCCGGUUGUCCCGGGGGCCGCCGUUCAGGCGGUCGCAGGGGCGGCUCGGACUCAGCUACGGCGGUCAGCUGCUCUCACCGCCGACGCCGCGCUCCCAGCAUAACGCAGAUCCCCAGAAAACAGCGUUUCUGCUGCGCAAGCAAUGGACCUUAUACAGCGUGACCCCUCUGUACGGGUUCUCUAACGCUCACCUGAAGCGUUACGCUCGGCUGCUUAGUGCUUUUACCGCUGCCGAGAAGCAGAAGGGACUGGCGGUGGAAGUGGGGGUUGAGCUGGACAUCAAAGUGACUGUCUCCAACAUUCCCGACCUGAAAGGUAGUGACCGAGACCGGGAUGCCAUUCUCGUGCAGCUUUCUUUGAGAUCGUCAGCUUCCCAAAAAAACUCAGAAGAGAAACUGGUAUGGUCAGGCUGCUUCUGCUGUGUGUCCGGAGAUCAUCUCUCCGAGAACCUGCCAGAGGACUUCACUUGUUUACCUCUGUUUCUUGUGAACGGGGCAGAGGGUUACACCUCCAUUGUUGGAAGCUGGUUUCAGAAGACUUUUGACUGCUGCUUCCGCCGUUUAGCCAUCAGCCCUCUCAAUCUCAGUUGGAUGGCAGCAAUGUGGACUGGAUGCCAAGUGGACAAAACCACAUCUGCCAUGGAACUUGUUUUCUCUGCCCCCUGCCUCCCCUACCCUCUGGAUAUUUCAUAUGCCAUUCAUCCCGAGGACGCAAAAGCUCUCUGGGAUACAGUGCAAAAAACUCCAGGAGAGAUCACUCAAGAAGAAGUGGAUAUUUUUAUGGACUGCCUUUACUCUCACUUCCACAGACACUUUAAGAUCCACUUGUCAGCUACAAAACUGGUGAAAGUUUCUACAGCAAUUGCCUCAGCACACUGUGAUGGGAUUAUAAAGUUUCUACAAAGCAAAUACCUAGCUGGAGUGCUGACGCUGCUGACAGAACUAGCAAUCUCUCAGAUACAGUGAGAGUCAUUUCAGCAAAUCUUCAUGCUAAAAAGGGUUACUGUUGGAAGAUGUAUGCUGAGAAACUGAUUGGAAACUCACUCCUGAAACACCUUCUUUCCUUUCAUGCUGUCUGUCCUAAGUUGGACUCUUAACUCCUAUGCUGUAAUUCAACAUCAUGUCCAGCAAAGACAAGCAGACAUUUUGCCUUUGCUACAGUACAAACUUCUAAGAGCUUCUUAAGCACCUUUGUUUUAUCAGUUGCUCUUCAUUUAUGCGUAGGUUAUCAGCCAGGGGCUAGGAAAUAAACUUUGCAAGUUCUUGGAUGCAACUUACUGAUGGGUAUUUCUGUCUCAAAUAGCAAGCUGCUUUUCACAUUGCUAGAUAGCCUAAGCUAUACAGACCUUAGCCUAAACUGUGACUACUCUUGGGGCAGCCUAAAAUGCAAAGCCAAGCACAUCCAAGAAGGGGUGCGUGCUGUACAAUGCAGGUCUCUAACCUCCUUUCUAGCUUGCUAAGGUCAGUUGGUAGCAGUCAUAAAGCAGUCAUCUAUGUCCCGGUUAGGCUAAGGUGAACAGCACGACUGACAACUGCCCUGUGAGUCCUCUCAGCCUGUUGGUCCUCUCAGACAAGUUAAUACAUAGGAAAUUGAGGUCUGUGUAUAAGCUAGAUAUUUACUAUGCUUUGCCUGAUGUUUGUAGUCUUGGGUGUAACCUUUUAGGCCAGAGAGCCCUCAGGGCUGGAGUUAUGGGUGGUAAAAUUUUAUACUGUAUCUCUCCCUUCUACAGCAGGUAGGAGUUGAAAGAGCUAGUGGACAGUGCCUGGCUAUAGCUUAAGGAAGUAGAAUAAGUACAUGCGAAGUCUUAUGAUUUUUGUAUUGCUCUACUAAAUGAAGUAUUUGUCAUCUUUUGCCAAUAGUUUGGUCUUGAGCAAAGUAAAGGCCACCUGUGCCCAAUGAAGUAUAUACUUGUAUGGUGCUUUGCAGUUACAGCUUACCUGACUAAACUAGUUGUUCCCUAAUAAAUAAUUCUGUGAGCAGCAAAGGUUAAAGUCUAGUUUCCUAUACAAUUCACUUGUAAUGGCUUCACAUUUGUGCAGCAUCUCUAAGGUCUGAGGAGUUUGUGCUGUGACCUUCCCCCAAAGGAGGGAUGCAAGUUUUCCCUUCCCAAAAUUUUAGGAUCUAUGCAUCAACUGUCACUAAAAGCAUUCUUCAUUCUUUUCCCCAGCAACACUGAGAUGAACCAGCUAUGUAAGUCCCUAACAUGACCUAAUUACAUGCCUAGUUACUAAUCUACUUUUAAUAAUCUAUUUUUAGAAUUAGGCAAAGAAACAUGGACUUGGUUUUAGGUUU